GUGGCGAGCGGCGGCCGGAGACCGGAGAUGUUUUCCAGCCCGGCCUCGGCGGCGGCGGUUGCACAAGCGGCGGAGACGGCAGCGACGGCCACGCCGGGCCAGUCGUUCAGGCGAUCCAGGAUGCGAAGACUGAUAGAAGAACUAGCUGAACAGCUCUAAGAUGCCCAGAUCUGGGUUCCCAAAACCAGUGCAGAGCGAAAAUUCUGACAGUGACAGCAGUAUGGUAGAGAAGCCGUGCGGAAGAAAGAGUAAAGACAAGAUUGCAUCCUAUAGCAAAACUCCAAAAAUUGAUCGAAGUGAUGUGGGCAAGGACAUGAAAGAGAAAUCGUCCAUGAAGCGGAAACUUCCUUUUACCAUUAGCCCAUCAAGAAAUGAAGAACGAGAUUCAGACACAGAUUCAGAUCCAGGACAUACAAGUGAAAAUUGGGGGGAGAGACUUAUAUCUUCUUACAGGACAUACUCAGAGAAAGAAGGACCAGAAAAGAAGAAAACAAAAAAGGAAGCUGGAGGAAGUAAGAAGUCCACACCAGUCAGCAUUCUUUUUGGUUACCCUCUCUCAGAGCGGAAACAGAUGGCACUUCUUAUGCAGAUGACUGCGAGAGAUAACAGUCCAGAUUCCACACCUAAUCAUCCCUCACAGACAACACCAGCCCAAAAGAAGACUCCCAGUUCCUCAACUCGACAAAAAGAUAAGGUCAACAAAAGAAAUGAACGUGGCGAGACUCCGCUACACAUGGCAGCUAUUCGAGGAGAUGUGAAACAAGUCCAAGAGCUGAUCAGUCUAGGGGCAAAUGUGAAUGUAAAGGACUUUGCAGGUUGGACACCACUGCAUGAGGCCUGCAAUGUUGGCUGUUACGAUGUUGCUAAGAUUCUUAUAGCAGCCGGAGCAGAUGUUAACACGCAAGGAUUAGACGACGACACCCCGCUUCACGAUUCUGCUAGCAGUGGGCACAGAGAUAUCGUGAAGCUGUUACUUCGUCAUGGUGGAAAUCCAUUUCAAGCUAACAAACAUGGCGAACGUCCAGUGGAUGUAGCAGAAACAGAAGAGUUGGAAUUGCUGCUAAAAAGAGAGGUGCCUCUAUCUGAUGAUGACGACAGUUACACAGAUUCUGAAGAACCUCACUCUGUGAAUCCUUCCAGUGUUGAUGAAAAUAUUGACUCUGAGACAGAAAAAGACUCCUUCAGCUGCGACAGUAAACAGAUCAAUCCCAGUAAAGCACCUCUUCCAUCUGCCCUUGAUGAGUAUGAAUUCAAAGAUGAUGAUGAUGAAGUAGUAAAUAAAAUGAUCGACGACAGGCAUAUUCUUAGGAAAGAGCUAAGAAAAGAGAAUGACUCUGAAGUAGAAAAGAAUAAUUUAUUUGCAAAGAAUGAAAAAACUUUCUAUGCCAAGUCACUUAAAAGUAAAAAACAGAAACUAUCUAGGGUUUUGUAUUCAAGUUCUGAAAGUUCAGAUGAAGACAUUCUUCAAAGCAAAAAGGUUUCUUCUGCCCCAUCUUCUGUUCCUGAAACAUCAAGUUGUGAUGUACAAACCAAAAAGGAAUAUGGACUUUCAAAUGAGAACAAACAGAAAGGCAAAGUUAAAAGAAAGUUAAAGAAUCAGGACAAAAAUAAAGAGAAUCAAGAGCUAAAGCAAGAAAAAGAAGGUAAAGAAAAUACCAGAGUAAUGGGUCUGACUGUUAAUGCAACACUGGAAUCUCCAGAAAAAACUAGAGAAGAAGGGAAUUUUAGGAAAUCUUUUAGCCCAAAGGAUGACACUUCAUUGCAUUUAUUUCAUAUUUCCACAAGCAGAUCUCCCAAACAUUCUUGUGGACUCAGUGAAAAACAGUCAACACCACUAAAACUUGAACAUACGAAAACUUCUUUAUCACCAGGAAGUUCUGAAAUGUCAUUACAACCUGAUCUCGUUCGGUAUGAGAAUACAGAGUCUGAAUUCUUGCCAGAAAGUUCAAGUGUCAAAUCUUGUAAACAUAAGGAAAAAAACAAACAUCAGAAAGAUUUCCCCUUAGAAUUCGGAGAAAAGUCAAGCGCCAAAACAAAAGAGGAAGAUUAUAGUCCAACACUUGAAAGUUCAGAUUAUACAUUGAAAAAAAUGGAUAAGGAAGGCAAGACAUUAAAAAAGCAUAAGUUGAAACAUAAGGAGAGGGACAAGGAAAAACAUAAAAAAGAGACUGAAGGUGAAAAGGAAAAAUAUAAAAAUAGGGAUGGUCCUAAAGAGCUGCAGCGAAGUGUGGAAUUUGAUAGAGAAUUUUGGAAAGAGAAUUUCUUUAAAAGUGAUGAGACUGAAGACUUGUUUUUGACUAUGGAACAUGAGUCCCUAAUGUUAGAAAAAAAAUCAAAGCUGGAGAAAAACAUAAAAGAUGAAAAGUUAACCAAGGAAAAGCAUGUCUCAAAAGACAGAAACUUGAAAGAAGAACGAGAAAAGAUUAAAAAGGAGAGUGAGAAAUCUUGUAGGGAGGAAAAAUUAAAAGAUUUUAGAGAAGAAAGGGAGACUAUACCCAUAGAUAAAGAGACAGAAUUCAGUUCUUUCAGUACAAAUGCCAGUGAGGAGUGUGUAGGUUUACACUCAGUGGAAAAGGAAGCAGAAAUUGAGAAACAUGUAAAAGAAAGUAAGGAAAAGCCUGAGAAACGAUUUCAAAGUAAAGAAAAGGACUUUGAUAAAACUGAAAGAAAAAAUUCUGAAAAAGAAAAAAAAAUAAAACAUGACUAUAAAUCAGAGAAAGACAAGUUUGAUCUUAGCGAAUGUGUUGAUAGAUUAAAAGAAAAAGACAGACUUUAUUCACAUCACACAGAGAAAUGCCACAAAGAAGGAGACAAGAUAAAGAGUAAUACUAAAAAAACGGAUGAUAGAGACAAAAGUAGAGAAAAAAUGGACAGGAAACAUGACAAAGAAAGACCUGAGAAGGAAAAACACUUAGUUGAGAGAAAAAAGAUACCAGAUAAUAGUGACUAUCCUAAAUCAGAAAAAAACAAAAACAAAGAAAAAGACAGGGAGGUAGAUAAAAAGGAAAAAUCUAGAGAGAAAGAAAGUGUAAGUACAACUAACUCCAGACACUUUCAGGAAGAAAAGAAGUCAAGUGUAACAGACGGCAGUAAAGCACAUGACAGAACGUUAUCCCUUAAAGACAAAGCAAAAGAUGAGCCUUUGAAAACUCCUGAUGGAAAAGAAAAAGAUAAGAAAGAUAAAGAUAUCGAUAGAUACAAAGAACGAGACAAACAUAAGGAUAAAGCUCAACUGAAUAGUUUACUCAAAUUAAAAUCUGAAACAGAGAAGCCUAAGCCUAAGUCGCCAGCCUCAAAAGAUAGUCGGCCUAAGGAAAAGAGACUAGUGAAUGAUGAUUUAAUGCAGACGAGUUUUGAACGAAUGCUAAGCCUUAAAGACCUGGAAAUAGAGCAGUGGCACAAGAAACACAAGGAAAAAAUUAAACAAAAAGAAAAGGAACGGUUGAAAAAUCGGAGUUGUGCAGAAGGUAAAGUAAAAGAGAAAGAAAAAACAAAAUAUGUACCAGCUGAAUCCAAAACUAAAGAGCUUACUAGGUCAAAGAGCUCGGAGCUGACCGACGUGCUUACCAAGGAAAAGCAGCCUAAAGAUGCUGCGAGCAGCAGAUCACAGUCUGUUGAUGCCAAAACUAUGAAUUUAGGAAAGUCGCCCUUUGCUUCAGAUAAUUGCUUAAACAGAUCUCCUAGAUCCGAAAGUGAAAAGCCAGGUCUCAGCUCCAGAUCUGUGUCCAUGAUUUCUGUUGCUAGCUCAGAAGACUCCUGCCAUACCGCAGUGACGACCCCCCGGCCUCCCGUUGAAUACGAUUCUGACUUUAUGUUGGAGGGUUCAGAUUCCCAGAUGUCAUUUGCACAGUCACCUUUUUUGUCAAGUGCCAAAUCUCCUGCCCUCCAUGAAAGGGAAUUAGACAACCUGGGCGACCUGCCGGAGCGAAUUAGACCACCAUAUACAAGCAGACUUCCAGCAUCCCACCUGCGGUCAUCUUCUGUAGAAGAUGUCAAACUAAUCAUAAAUGAGGGGAGACCGCCUGUAGAAAUUCGAAGGUGUAGCCUGCCAUCUGUCAUUUGCGAGCAUACGAAACAGUCCCAAGCAAUAGCAGAAGCAAGCAGCCAAGGUGGCCCAGCUGUGCCAAAGGAUACCUGUCCCUCUCCCAAGCCUGAUGUGGCCUUCACCGUGCCUGAAAGAGAACAUUCAAACGCAUCGAACAUGAAUUCCAGUUUUGCAGCCUCUCCAACUAGAUCUGCAAACAGCAAGUCUGUCUCGGUUGAUAUAAAUGCUUUCAAAAGUGCAGCUGCAGGUACAUCAGUGGACAGUUCUGAACAUUUAGAGUCACGUAACCAGGUUGGUGUGAUCCAAAAUAAAGCGUGGGAGGUACCUGUUGAUAGAUUGGAGUCCUUAAGCACCGGUGACUUUAUCUGCCCCAAUUCCGGUACACAUGAUCAAGAUUCUUCUGUGCAGGGUUUGUGUAAUACUGAAAACAAACUAGUGAAAGAACACAGUACUAAUUUUCUAUCCCUGCCUCCCACUGAACUAUCAGGAAACCCUUGUGCUCAGGAUCCAACGUCCUUUCUGCCCUCACAGCAACCUUGCUCUUUCCACAGCCAGUCACUUUCAGAAGCUGAGUCUGUUUCUAAACAGACGUCUUUAUCAUAUGUCGCCAAUCAAGAGCCAGGUAGUGUACAACAGAAAAGUACAGUCAGAGUGAUCAGUUCUGCUUUUGAUACCGACCAUGACUCUACAAAAGAUACAGAGAAUACUUUUUUAUUAGCAGAUGCUCAGAAAACAGAUGCUUUUGUCCCAGUGUACUCUGAAAGUGCUGUUCAAGAAACAUCACCAACUUUUGAGAAAUUGACUCUGUUACCAUCAGAAAAGAACUUUAGUGGAAGUGAUGCCCCUCCCCAGCUUAAUAAUGCACAUUACACCUUUAGCAAGUUAAUGUCUAAGUCUCCCAGUGACCAGGAGGUUGAAAAUAGCACUUCUGAGAUUUCAGUUAUUUCACAUGAAAAAGAUAAACUAGAGAAUUUGAGUUUAACUCACUUGGAUGAUAAGUGUGAUUCUGACUUGUGUGAAAUGAAUUCGGGGAUGCCAAGGGGAAACCUCCCAGAGCAAGAUAAUUUAAAACACUGUCCUGAAAGUGAAAAGUGUUUGCUUUCCAUUGAAGACGAAGAGUCACAGCAGAGUUCUUUAUCGAGUCUAGAUAACCACCCGCAGCAGUCGGAAAUGCACAAGUGCGGCCAGUCAGUCAAAGUAGAAUUAGAAGAAAACCCUGAUGAUGAUAAGAAUGAAAACCACAUCCCUCAAAGGAUGACAAGAAACAAAACAAAUGCAACGGCAAAUCAAAGCAAACAGAUGAUUGCAGGCUGUGCACUAUUGCCGGAAAAAGAUCAUGAAUCCUCUUCUCCUAGAGGGAGGAUAAGGCUAACUGAAGAAGACGACCCUCAGAUCCACCACCCGCGGAAAAGGAAAGUGUCCCGUGUGCCUCAACCCGUCCAAGUGAGUCCCUCGUUAUUGCAAGCGAAAGAGAGAACGCAGCAGUCUCUGGCGGCCGUGGUAGACGCUCUGAAACUAGAUGAGAUCCAGCCAUACAGUUCAGAGAGAGCAAAUCCUUAUUUUGAAUAUUUACACAUACGGAAAAAAAUUGAAGAAAAGCGCAAACUGUUGUGUAGUGUUAUUCCUCAGGCUCCUCAGUAUUAUGAUGAAUACGUGACCUUCAAUGGAUCUUACCUCCUGGAUGGCAACCCCUUAAGCAAGAUUUGCAUUCCCACAAUUACACCACCACCUUCACUGUCAGAUCCACUUAAAGAGCUUUUUCGGCAACAGGAAGUUGUAAGAAUGAAGCUACGUUUGCAACACAGUAUUGAAAGGGAAAAGCUCAUUGUAUCCAAUGAACAAGAAGUUUUACGGGUUCAUUACAGAGCUGCAAGAACACUGGCAAAUCAGACUCUGCCGUUCAGCGCAUGCACUGUUUUACUGGACGCUGAAGUGUACAGCGUGCCGCUGGAUGCCCAGUCUGAUGACAGUAAAACUUCUGUGAGGGACCGCUUUAAUGCACGCCAGUUCAUGUCUUGGCUACAAGAUGUGGAUGACAAAUUUGACAAGUUAAAGACUUGUCUUUUAAUGAGGCAACAGCAUGAAGCUGCAGCUUUGAAUGCCGUCCAGAGGUUAGAAUGGCAGCUCAAACUCCAAGAACUCGACCCUGCCACCUAUAAGUCCAUCAGCAUUUAUGAAAUCCAAGAGUUUUCUGUUCCCCUGGUUGAUGUCAAUGAUGAUUUCGAAUUGACUCCUAUAUAGCAGCUGGGCUCUUCUAGUGGGUGGGACUCAAGUGCUGUGCGGUGGAGUACUCGGCCUUGGAACAGAGAUGGAGACGCUCUCUAUGCCUUUGCGGUUCUUAGUCAAGUUAGAACUAAAGUUGGCCAUGUAGUAAACACUGUCAUUUUAUUUUAAAAAAAAAAAAAAAUGAAAAGAGUUAUUUUGGAUCUUAGAUCCAGUUUCUAACUAAAAAAUAUUAUUUAUAUUGAUGAAAGGUAACUUGCUUUAGAGCAUGUUGGCCGACUGGUAGAUAUUUAAAAAGUUGAGAAUCUGCUAAUGGCGCUGGAAGUUGUUAGCGUUCCAAGUGACAAAAUAACCACUAGUAUUCAAACCUCUUUCAGUUUUAGUAAAAUAUGUCAGUAAACUAAAAGGCUCAGUUCCUACCAAAUAAUUCUGAAUGUGGGAGGAAACCUUGGCACAAAAUUUCUUCAGUUUAUUAUAUAUGUAAAUUAUUGUACAGUUUUCAAAAGUUUUAAUAUUGUCUUCCUUUUUAAUAACUUAUUUUAUACAUAUUGUGCAGAUGUAAAUCUUGUAAUUAAUGGUCAAAAUGUAUACACAAAGGGAUUAGAAGUCAAUACAUGUACAAAGGAAUAAUUGUAAACUUGUUUUGUCUGUUUUAUUGGACCAAAGUUGUAGUUUGUAUGGAGUGUAGUAAUAGUGUUGUGUUCAGAAAUCAAGACUUCAGCAAGGCAUGCCCGUGUUUGAGUUAGCUUGUUUCCAUCACCUUGUCUGUAAAGAUUGUGACUUAGUUGUGUUGCACGUGUCCUAUAAUUUAACUCUCCAUAAUUGAAGCCUAAAGUAGCAUAAAGUAUUUCAUACAAGUCUUCUGGGAUCGCACUUAUGACUUACUGUGUUGGACAUAUUAUUUAGAGUUAGUUAGUCAUACAAAGAAACAGCUCUCCUCUCAUCUUACAGUAGAGCUUAACCCCCCCCAAGUCCCCCAAAAAAAUGCCUUUGGAUGAAAAUUCUGAAAUUGUAAAUGUCUAUUUUAAUACUCCACUAUGAAAGAGUGUGAAUAUAUGUAAAUAUGUUUAAUAAAUUUUAUUGGUCAUGUUAAAUCAUUGUAAAACUUUUUUACACUGCUUAAAUAUGUUUUAAGCUUAAUGACCUUUGCACUUUUAAAAUAAAAACCAAGUACUCAAAUCAAAAGAGAUAUUUGGUAAUAAGUAAAAGAAGCAGGCAUAUGCCAAUCAAUGCAGAUAAUCUCUACAAUGUUUAUGGAAAAUUAAUAUGCUGAAUUUUCCUUAUACCAAGAUGCAAAACAUAAUUUUCACAGUUUUAUAAAAUAAGAUUUGAUAUGCUGUUUUUAACAACUAGCAAUAUGCUUAGAAAAUGUCCACAUUAUCCUAUAACAUGAUAUAGAUUAAACUUUCAGGACUAUUUCAAAUCUGAAACUUGCUGCUUGACCAUAUUAAACAUUUUUGAAAGGAAAUUAAGCUAGUGUAAAGCUUAUCAUAAAUGUAUGGGAUUAAAUUUACAGGACCUUCCACAAUACUUCCUUGAAUUAUAAAAUAAUAGUGAACAUUUUUUGUUGUAAUAGAUAAGAAAGAAUAUAUUAGGAUUGACAUGAUUUAAAUUUAGCUUGCAAGUUGGAAAUGCCAGUUAAUGGGCUAGAAUGUAAAAUUGAAGUUUUUGAGUGCAAAGGUAUAUAUUAAGCUUAGGGAUUUUUGAACUUUUAUGUCAAUUUCUAUUUUAAUUCAUACUGUACUAGGCAUGCGCAAUAAAGCAGCACGUGUAAAAAGAAAAAAGUACACUGUGCAAGGACUUUAUUAUAAAAAUUGGAUGUAGUACUUAGAAACUUAGAUGAGAGAUUUUGGGCCUUUUUUACUGGAUAAAUAGGGCCAAGAAAGGCAGGGUAGAUUCUGAAGCACUGGUUUUGUUGAAGUUUAGUUUAUUCAGGCUGGGAGCAUUAAAAGCUAAUUUAUAAAAAGCAAUACUUUUUAAUAUGAAAAAAUGCAAAUUUUGUUUAUACUGUUGGCUAAAAAUUUUCAAUUAAGCAUUGGAGUUACAGAAAAAGUGAAAAGGAUAAGUUUAUACAGCGUUUUCUCUUGUUGGUCCACCAGAGAAGAGGGGGGAAAUCAGUUUGGCCAAACAGAACAAGGAUGCAGGAAUCUGGCGUAUGUCAGUCAUUCCAGCCAGUGGUACUGAGCACAGUUCUGACCCUCUUCGGUGGCAGCUCCAGAAGCUGGAAUUCUUUGCCAUGAUUCUGCUUCUGCAGUUUUCUUUUGUGUAGUGACUCAAAACUAAUCAGGACAAAGAGAAAAUGCCUUCACGGUGGGAAUUUCAAGAGUAAGUAGUUAAGGGCUUUGAUUAUUAAAGAGAUUGUGAAAUUCUGAAAUGCUAGGGGCAAAAAUUGGAAUGGGGUAUAUGUCUAAGAUUUAGGAUUCUAUCAAUAAAAGAGAAAAGACGCUUAGUGACUUUUUUUUAACUAUUCAAAUAUCAUGAACAAGAUACUAAAUUGUACCUAAGGAUUUGUAUUUCUUUAAAUCUUGUUCUAAAUUAUAUCUGUUUAAUAAAUGACUAGUUGAUAUUUGUGCAUGUUAUUUAAUAAAGAGUUAUAUUUUUAUAGAAAAAAA